AUGGUCCGUCCGCCGCAACUUGACAGUUUUCGAAUGUCUGCGUCUCUUUGUUCCCUCACCGGCGAGGUCACUCGGCAGAUACCUCGGCCCGGUGCAACCCCCAGAAUUGCUCUCUUUUUCCCAUCUUUUGCACUUUGCAAGUGAUAGUGACAACCCUUAACAUUUUCGAGUCUUUUUCGUGCGAAAGGAGAGGCUGCACAGUGCUGACCACGAAAUUCAACUUGCAUGGGAAAAAAAAUUUAAUUUCAACGGGGCUUAACCUAUUCCCAUUGGGCGCAAAUACGGUGCGGGAAGUAAGCUAUUACGAUAGCAGGAGUUUCUAUUUAAUUUUUAAAAAUAUCUACCAAAUAAAACUUUAGAAUUGAAUUUGAGAAAAUUACAGAUUUUAGAUUCGCUUUUUUCGCUCGAUUUCUCCCCUGAAAUUGCACUGAAUUGACUCGGAAUUUUGAAAACUCCACUCUCGAGGUCAUUGCGCAAAAAACUGACUCCGCGCUCGGUUGUGCCCCUGAAUGUGCGAGAAAAAGCACCGAAAAUUUAAAGGCCGCAUCCCAGAUAGGGUCUGCCCGGAGCAUAAUUCCUGCCGAGCAGAGAAACAUGAAAACAGCAUGUUAACAUGAGAGGGUCGUCGAGAGACGAGGAGGGCGCAGAGAAGUUGCGAAAAAUAGACUAUUACGUUAUUAGCCAUGUGCGCAUAUGACGGUAUUGUUUCAAUCGAUUACAAUCAUGGUUCUAAGAGUUAUCCCGGAUAAACUCAUACGGAAGUUUCUCAAUAACUUCCUCGAAGAGCUCUGAAAUUAAUUCGUGAAACUCUUGUUUAAAACGAUAUCGGUUAUUUUCAAUCGAUAUGCUUCGUACCCAAUAAGAAUCUCAAAAAGUAAAAUUUUCAAAGCUGAUAAGAUUCGGAGUAUAUGUUCAAAUUUUGAAUGUCAAGUAGCUAACUCCGCCCCAUGAUUACAAUAUCUUUCGCGGCGACGUUUUCGUGAGCGUGACAAUGAUCCAAUAAUAGCGCUGAAUUUUUUGUCUUUUUUUUCUGGCUAUGAGAUUAAAUGUUUGGUUGGUAACACGUCCUUGUUAUGGAGUUUGAACUUUCUUUGUAAUUUGGUAUAACUUGAACUUAAAGAUAAACCUUAUAUUACUAAGGAGAGUCAAGAGAUCGCUCCCCAAAAUACGAAAAUGUGAAAAUCAACGAAUUUCAAAGCAAAUAUGAUAAAAAAGCUAUUGUUUAUAGAUAAAUACAUGGGGCGCGCCGUAGCACAACAGGUUGGGUGCCUGUCUACAGGGCACGGGGCAAAAGUUCGAUCCCCGCCUCGACCCAACCAAGGGGUUUAAGAAAUGUUGGACGUCGCUCAAACGGUACAGAGGCGUAGGAAGAAGAAGAAGUUUGUAGAUAAAUAAACCUGCUCCAUUUUACCUGAAGCAUCUUUUCCGGAUUCUUUGGAGGAUUGACCGGCAGAAGACACCCGCUCACAGCGACUAGACCGGAAAAUGUGCCUCUUUUAUUUAAAUGAGUUAUUUUUUCUAAGGAGAUUUUUGUUCAACGGAUACAGAAUAUAUUUGAAUUGUUUUCGUCCCACUCAGUUUUUAUGUAAUGAGAAAAGUUGAUUCCAACUGGAAAAUGUCAGGCAGGAGAAAAUUCGAAUUUAAAUGGAAGACACAACUUUCGAGGCUGUCAUAUUUGCAAAAAGAAGAUUUAAUCAAUCGUGGGGUCAUAGACUGCAACAUACUUGAGAUAAAAGAAAAAACUAAAGAAAUAGGUUUUUUAAGACUUAAAAAAGAAAUAGCCAAGGCUAGGGAUAUCCCUUCAUGCAUUCUUGAGAAAUUAACAUUUUCUGGGGGUUCAAACGCCAUUCGCGAAAAAAAAAAAUCAGUGAAUCGAUUACAAUGGAAAGCGUGGCUGUUCUAGAAUAUUCACUCAGAUUUUGAGAUAGGCGAAGAAAAUUGAAGAAGCGAAAAAAAGAACUCAAUCAACAUCAGCGUGAAUGAAGAAAUCGAGAUGAACUUUUGAGAUAAGAGAAGAAAAAUCAACGCGACGAGUAAAGUCCAAAAGAAGCCUAUUUUCGAAGUCUCGAGAGAUAAAAACCAGCAAGAAGCGAUCGGAAUGGAGAAGUACACUGGAGGUAUUGGUUUCAAACUAUUUUCUACGAAAUUCAAAGGCGCACGCUCAAUUCAGUUCUCGUGUCAGUUUUUUUUUUUUUGAAGUGAGCACGAAAGCAGAAUAGUUAUGACAGUAUGGUACUCACAGUCGAUUUUUAAGUGACUUCUUGAUGCAAUUUUAGGGUCCUCAAAGCUGUUUAGUCGUUUCAAAGACGCAGGACUUGAAUAGACAGUAAUAGAGUCCCAUGUUUUCAUUCAUUCUUGAAAACGCUAACGAAUUUCAUUUUUCGAAAACUGGAUAGCCUUGUGAGGUUUAGAUGUGAGGUAGAUCUCAAGGUCCAUAGAUUAGUUUUCCCUCAAGUCUCAACCCACUCAACCCUUAUGAGGAUUUAUUUAAAAUCAAAAUUAAACCCUAAGUCCCCACUGAUGUUAAUAAAUGAACUAUUAUUUAUUAAUCCUUAAUAAAUAAUAGUAUAGUCUGUUUUUUUCGCGUCUUGAAAGGGCGGAACUUCUUUGCCACGCCUGUUUAAGGAGGGCGGUCGUAUUACGGUAGUUUAAAUAGGGUUUUCAGUAAUAAAAUGAAACUUGUGUACUUUUUGCGACGUAACGUACCUUCUAACCCUAAGAAAUAGGUCCUUAACAAGAAAGAAAGAAAAUUUUGAAAAAAUACUUGGCUCCGAAACUGACGGCGCAAUAUUGAACGGCCAUCGGCCGCCGUAACACUGUCUCAAACAUGCGUGCUGCUCUCUCCUCAUCUCUCGACGUCCCUCUCUUGUUGACGCGCUAUUUUCGCUUUUCUAUGACCUCGCCGGUAAGGGAACAGAGAGACGCAGACACGCGAAAACUGUCAAGUCGCGCCAGACAGACUAUACAGGGUACGCCUAAUUUACUGCACCAAACUUCAAAGCACUCUUGUUCAGUUUUUAAAAAAAGUUUGAAAAAUAAUUCGAAGCAUAUAUUUGCUGUUUUCAAAUUGAUCUUCUUUUUUUUGAAGUCUUUCGAAGCGUGAGAAACGAACAAAAAUAUUUUGAGAAUACCUCAUCCGGUUCGUUAGAUUUUUGACUUCUGAUAUUUUGUUCGAAUAGCAAAAAAAAAUUAUUUUUAUCACAGACCACUCUACGUUUAACGACACAAAACCAAAUCAGAAACUUUGAUCACAGCUUUUUUUCAGUGAGCUUGUUGAACGGAUUUUGUUGAAAUAUGGACAUUAUACUCUAUCGAGUAGUAUAAAAAAAAAUUUAUAGGGUGAUUUUCAAAAAACUUCUUGCGGAACUUUUUUGUUAUAAUCUACAAUUUCUAUUUUAAUUAAAAAUGCCAAAAUUUUGGGAGGGUUGUAGGCCUUCCGCUAGGCUUUUUUGAUUUCGAUCUCUUCAAGCUCGAGAAGCAUGAGAAAUUGAUUGAGCAAGGGAAAAGGGCAAAAAUGAAUUGGAAUCUAAGAGAUGGUAGAAAGACCGUCGGCUCACCUCUCUCCGGUCCCGUUUCACCCGUUGACGUUGACCUUCUUUGACGGCGGCCCUGAAAGAUUAAAAGUGAAAAUAGUCCUCCCAAACCAUGGGCUCGGGGUGAAAGAGAUUUUUUGGAGGGCGUCGGGGCCGACGCCUUCUCAGCUCCUAGCGUCGCGAUCGAGUGAUGAUCGCGACGGAAAGAAGUGUUACAAUCGGAGCACGCAAGAAUGUUGUUUUGAAAUCCUUUGGGCCAUCUGGAAGACUUUGUCUAAACGGCAACUGGCAGUGGCAGCCAAGCAGCCUGUUCGAUCCAAAUCUCUUUCAAAUCGUAAACUGUAGUUUUUGAAAAAAAAAUUCUGCGGAACUUACGAAAAAGGGAAAAAUUCUAAGAAAGACGUUAACCUCUCAAAGAACCGAGUGAGCGACGUUCUGAAUCGGAUAUUGAUAACUCGAAUUACAGAGUAUGAGAAAGGGAGAAACGACGAUGAAGAUCACCAAGCGGCAACUGGCAGUGGCAGCCAUAGAAAUUUUCUAGAGAAGUCAUUCGUUUCGAUUUUCGAAUGGGUUUUUCGACUGAAAAGCGGAUCUGAAGCCCUUCCAACUGCUCCCUCUGAGCCAACGAGCCCCAACCAACCCAACACCAGUUUCCAGAAACCGAAGGAGAACGGUAGAUUAUUUUUACUCAAUGAGAAAAGUCUGUGUAUUUUCCUGGAUAAUGUAAAAAAAAAAGUUAAAGGAACGGAAGGAAUGUAAAAGAUUUCGAAAAAGUAAAUAGUGAAAAAGGAAAAACGAGGAACUUUUCUGAAUAAAUAAAUAGCUCUCAUUUGAAUUUUGAUUCAAAAGCAUAACCAUUCGAAAUCAAUAAUAGAGAUUCCCACCAGUCAAUUCGAGUGUGACGACAGAAGGGCAUUUCAAAAAUAGAGAGUUUGAUAUUUAAAUAUUUAUUUCACUCUGAUACAUUAAACAUCAUGAGCUACGAAUAAAGAGACAUAGACUUCAGUCAGAUUAGAAUCGUCUUGAUUUCAAAACGAAUAAUGAACUUCUCACGUCUUUUGCCGCCGACCGAUUUUGGAAGGGUCAAAACAUUAUUUUCCACACUACUAGAACUACGACGUUUUUCAUUCGAGCAAAAACUGUAACUUCUUUUUUUUUUUUUGGAGCUAGGACCCUCUAGAUAUCGGAGGUGUCAGCAGAAUUCUGUUCUAGAAACCUUGACAAUAGUCAAAACUUUUAAAAAGUCUGUGUACCACGACUUGAAAUUUCACCGAACGACAUUCCGCUGUUCCGCAGAGUGCUCGGCUGCGUCUUUAAUUUUUUCUUUUAUUUAAUAACCCGACCAACACGUGUUCCUAGUGGAACAGUCCAUCUAUCAGAAAUGAGAACCGAUUUAAAGCAAGACCGAGGCUCGCAAAGACGCUUCGCGACGCAGCGGAACAGAGGAAUGUCGUUCGGUGAAAAUCCAAGUCUUGGCACACAUACUAUCACUAAGAAUAACUGCCGAGAUAAACGCGAGACACUGGCGGUAUACAUUGACGAGCUCGCAAACAUCUCGCUUUUUUUCUCGCGCCGGUCUCGCAUUUUUCUGGGCGCGAGCUCGCACUUUUCUAGGUGCGAGCUCGCAUUUCUCUCGCAAUUUGAAAAUUUCCGAAAUGCAAGAUGAAUGCGAGAUGGCGCCGAGAGAAAUGCGGGAUCGCGCCUAGAAAAAAGCGACAUGUUUGCGAGUUAGUCAAUGUACCGCCACCGAGCUCGCGUUUAUCUCGUCAGUUAUUCUUAGUGCUAUACUUCAAUGUUAUGUUUUUUUUUUUCAGCUUCCUUUUAAUCAGUUCUCUAGCCCUUGAGAUUUAUAGGAAUUCCCGGUUACGAGUUCGAGGAGAACGAAACGACGCACAGUGGAAAGUUCUUGAAGGAAGAAAAUAAAGAAGGAGGGGAUAAAACAAUAACGGUAAAUAACUCCGCCGAAGCGAAAGGAAAAAGUGCGCUGAAGGGUGGACUUUCGGAAGAGCAAAGGAAGAAACUAUUUGAAAAGAGGAACCGUAAGCGUCAUUUUUUCUUCUUUUUUUUUCUUCCCCUAUCAUCAUCAAUAAUAAUAAUAAUAAAAAAAUGAUAAUAAUAAUAAUAAUAAUAAUAAUAAUAAUAAUGAAAGUUUGUUCACUGCAAUAAACAGAAAUUAGGAAAUAUAAAAAAAAUAUAAGUGAUCAACAUAGGAUGAGCUCGGGAAUAAGUCAUUUUCAACGACGAGUUGACCGGUGCCCGGAAGAAAGAAUAUUUUCAUAAAAAAGCUUGAAUCGGAAGAUUAAUCAAUUUUUUCCAAAGGCUAAACCAUUUCUCAAGGGCCACAAAACCUCACAUAGUAAAAGAAAAUAGUAUAGUAUAGUAAUAGUAUAGUGAGAUAUAAAAAAAUAAGGAAAAAAAUGGAAGUAUUCUUCAUUAAAUUUUUGGUUCGAACUGAGCUCUUAUCAAUUAUUAUGAAGAUAAAUUUUUUUCAAAACUUUUUUUCUUUUUGAAAAGGCGAUAAAUUUUCCACUAUUUUUUGACUUCUUUUAUAGUCGAUGUGCCACAAGUUGAAAUUUCAUGGAACGACACUCCGCUGUUUCGUUCGAUUUGUGCGGUAGCGCGCUUUUUGCGAAUUUGCCAACCUCGGCCACGCUAAUUUUUUUGAUUUCAAUCUUCAUUUUAUAAGCCACUCACUUUCUGAAAAAAUCCAUGAACAACUGCGACAAACAGAAAAAAAACGAUGAAAACAUUAAAACAUGGCUUUAACAAAAACACACUUUUUUUAUCCCUCUUUUCGAAGAAGAUCAUGAAAUUUACUGUGUUCUUUCGUUUACAUUUGUACAACGCAAUCUUUUUUUCAACGAUUAUAACACAUUUAAAAAGAAAUAAAAACAAUUAAAAAAAACGAUCAAAAUUAGAAUUAAAACCAAAAAAAUUAGCGUAGCCGAAGUUGGCAAAUUCGCAAGAUGCGCGCUACCGCACAAAUCGAAACAGCGGAGUGUCGUUCCAUGAAAUUUCAACUUGUGGCACAUCGACUAUAAGAAUUGGAUCUGCCUUUUCCCAAUCUUUGAAGUUUAACCGAAGGUUCUUGGAAAGUGCUUAAAUGAAAGUGAUGGGAAUAUUCUUUAAAAACCAUGUGAACUCGCAGAAAUUAAACAAGCAGUGCGGUACCGUUUGAAAUUAAAAAAAAAGAGAGAUAACGUUUUUUUUUAUCUAUAGUUCAAUGAAACAACUUUUCAUCAAUUAUAUCUCUAACGUCAAAUUUUUCAAAACCAAAUUUUCGACUGUAAACAAACAGUAACCGAUUAGACUUUUCAAUCUUUUUUUUCCAUUCUAUUUACAGAAGCUGAUUUACACGAGAUUAUAGUCCCAGAAAGAAUAGAAAAAAUUGAGAAAAAGGAUGAUGAAAGUUUCCUGGAGAAUAUCUCCUUCUAUCACGGGUAAGAGUUUUCGAUUGAAUACCACAUCGAAAUCAAUUAUUUUCAGCUUCUUGCCGCAGAUGGAGACUAUGAUCUUCAUCAAACGAAGCGGCGACUUUUUGCUGAGGAAGUGCGAGGGUGAAGCAAAAUGAAAAUUCAAACUAUUGAUAUGAUUAUUCAGACGAGGGAAAAGAGUUUCUGGUGAUUUCAGUCGGCAUCCUAUUGGACUGCGUGGAAGAUGACGCUGAAAGUGAUUUUUUUAGUAUCUUGUUUGCUGAUUUUCAUAGUCGUUAAAUUUUCCAAAUAAAAUUUGUAGCGAUUUAAAAAGAUAUGUUCUCAAAUAAGGCUGUGCGAGAUCAGUCUCGUCUCGAAAUUAAAUUCGUACUUCUCGAAAGUUUUCGAGUAAUUCUCAAGAGAUUCCGAGAUAGGAACACUACAAAAUAAUCGCAAAACGGUCAAAGUUUAGAGUUGAAUGUGAUGGUCCCGAUGCAACAAGAGCAAAUCUCAAACUAAAUUUUCUGUUUGAAUUCGAGUUUUGACAGUUUCUAUCAAAGUUUUUAUCCCAGCUUCCCCUUAUCGUUCAAACUCCAGACCUGGAUGAGGAUUACGGCAAAAACGAAGCAGUGAGGAUUGAAGACUACAUUGUUCGCCGCCACGAAAUCGGGGUGUUUAUUGAACAGCAUAUGGUUUUCGAGUGUUUGGAGGAUCUUUUCGUCUUCUAUAUGCUCCAUCCAAACAAGGUGAAUUGAAUAUUGAAUAUUGAACAUUUAUUUCACUCUAAUACAUAAAAUAACGAGCUACAAAGAACGAUAUUGGUAAAGAAGAUGAGUGGGAUUUCGGAUUAAACAGGGUGCCAAAAAAUAGCGAUUUGUACAAAAAGUUCUUGCGGUUUUCAGUACCCUCACUUGAUAGAGAUUUUCUCGGAAGAAAUUUUAAACUGACUCACUAGGGAACGUUUUUUUCCCCGGUUGAACUUUUGUUGAAACUUUGCUGACGUGUACUUUAGUAAAAAACGAUCCCUGGUCGUUGUCUUACUGAUUGACAGUUUUAAAAAACUUUUCUCGCGAGAAAUUUAAAAAAAAUGAGAUCGCUUCAAAAAGCGCUUUGGCAGUUUCAAAUCAUCCAGUAAAUCAGGAUUUGAUAUCAUCGACUGAGCAAUUUGUUUUUUUUUUUGCUUCUGGAUGUCUAAAUGUUCAGAUAUUUUUUGUCUUUAUCACAAAGAUGAAUCCUAAGCUAAGUUCGGAUCAUUCAAAGACGAGAAUCGAAAACUGCAAAAAUUUUUUUUUGUAGAACCCAAUGUCAAUAAAAAAAGCGUUUUUUUCUAAGUUUCGAGAAAUAAAAAAAUCAAUAGUUAAAAAAACUUGUAUCGAAAAAUUGAAAAAGUCUGAUCGUUUUUUUGCCAUUCAAAAAAAGUAUAAAACAAUGAAAAUAUAUAAGUUUCAGGCGUCUCUAAACGUUCACUUGAAGCGCGCCUGCCCAAGGCGCGUAUUUCAAUUCAGCGCGGAUCAAAUAACGAGAAAAAAAACAGUGAGUUAUGCAGUAGAAGUCCAAACUAUAAUGAACGAAAAGGAAUUUUUCAUGAACAGUAGGAUAUUAAGCAACACUGAUUUCCUUUUUCUCAAAUCUGGGGAUUUUGACUCUUUUUCAAGAACUUGUCAAAAAAAAAAAAAUAGUUCCACGGAAUAGCAGGCUAAUCAUCUUGAUACAGAACAAUAUGAAUGUAAGCUGGACACAUUUAUUCACCAAGAAUGUCAAAUGGAGCACUAAAGUGACUGAAAGAGAGAAAACCUGAAAUCCUUCAAACAAAAAGAUCUUUUUUUGCUGUACCAUUCUGAUUUUCAAAAGAAAAAACCUAUCGGAAAGGCUAUAGUCUGUGCAGAUUUUGAAUGUCAAGUAGAAUGACGCCAUUCGAAAACGCUCUGUGUAUGGCUCGCUUUCUGAUUGGUUUAUCGCGCCAUUAGGGGGCGGAGCUUCAGAAAGGACUUGACAUUUGAAAACUGAACAGACUAUAAAAUGUAUUGUUUCCGCUCGGUUCGGGAGCCUUUGGCGAGGUCUUCCUCGCCGAAGUGAAUUCUUUUGGGAUCUACGGAGAGGUAGUCGCCGUCAAAUCGGUGAGGAAAAACUGUCUUUUGGAAAAUGUCAUUUUUUUGCAGCUGCUAAAGGAUAGUGCAAAUCUGAGCAAUCUUAAAGAAAAAUUGCUCGCAGAGGCACGGAUAAUGCUCUCACUUAGACAUGAAAAUGUCGUCGAAAUUUGCGGAUGGGCUAUCGACAAGCAGCCGUUUAUGGUCUUGAUAGAGUACAUGGAAAGUGAGUGAAUCCUAUUCUGAAAAAAAAAAAAACUAACUCUCUACUUCUUGAAAUGCUAUAUAUUCCAUCCGUCGAGAGCUGAAAUAGAAUAAAAUGGAUUUUUUGUAUGAAAUCGGCAAAAUCCUAAUGAAGCGGUACUUUCCAGGUGGCUCGCUUGAUAGCUUUUUGAUCCAAAACUUCGAAGGGUCGAACAAAUCCCUUCUUCUGAAGUUCGCUUUCGAAGCUGCCAAAGGAUUACAUUACCUACAUGAGAUGCUAGUGCUUCAUCGUGAUAUGGCUGCGCGGAAUUGCCUUCUUUCGUCCGAUCUCACGGUUUGAUCCAAAUUCUCAACUAGAAUGGAUCCCUCUCUAGCUGAAAAUUGGCGAUUUCGGCCUCGCCGUAAACGGCCGUUUUCACUAUAUGAAGACCGCGGAAAAGCUGCCAACCCGCUAUCUAUCGCCGGAGACGCUAUCGAUGUUUGUCUUUUUUCAAGCCACCGAUUGUUUUGCUCUCGGGGUGAGUUGACUUGCUAAGGAUUAGCGAAAAAUAGAUUAUUUUAGAACCUGAUUUUCGAGAUUUUUAGCGGAGGCAUGAUGCCCUACGAGGAGUUCAGUUCUGCCGAUGCCAGACUAAAAGUUUGUUCCAUUACUUUUGAUUUUUUUUUUCAGUUGUAAGUAAUGAGAGAAAGUGGACUCAUAAAAAAAAGCUACCACUUUUUGAAAGCUUCUAACACAUUCAAUGGAAUGACCAAUUUCACAAAAGAAAUUUUUUUUUUUGAAGUCGUAUCAGUUUCAUCAUUGCUUUGUACGAGGGCUGAGCCUUUUAAGUUUCUUUUUUAAAUUGCAGAGAAAAGAAGCAAAUGCUUCGACUUCAUUCACAAGGGAAGUAAUUUUGUUGUUAAAUAUGGAGAUUCUCUGUAUCGCCCGAAGCUUUCGAGAUGCAAUAGUUGUUUUCAAAAAUCAAGACUAAAAUCAUACUUCUCAACUUUCAAAGCUCUUAUCAUUUGAAGAAAAAAAAACUUUCCGUAGUCUUCAUCAAGACUUUCAAUAGCGCAAAAAAAUUUAAAAUUUAAAAGAAAUAAACAAAGUUCUGUGUUGAGAUCGUAAACAGCGAGCUCAAUGAUCUGGGAACAACCCGAGCUCCUCCGGCGCUCCGUUCUUUCGUCGAAGAAAAACUGUGGACGUAUCAAAUGAAGGACAGAGCUGGCAUGGAGGAAGUUCUCGAAUUUAGUUGGCUGAUUUUCAGGAAAACUUUCAGAUUGUACACUUUCUCAAAGGCCUCUACAAGGAAUAUAAAAAAAGGUCAGUAUAUUUAUCUACAUUUAUUUUUUUAUUUAUUUCUUCAUUGUCAGAACGAAGCAAAUAAUUAGAGUACAGAUAGGAAGGAAAUGAUAUAAAAUUGGACAGACGAUAAAGCUAAAAAGGUCAUAUGGUGCCCUAACGAGCACCAUAUGACCGUUGGCAAAAAGAGAAGAACAAGUAAAAAAAUAGACUAUAAAAAGACGAUUGGGGAUGUUAAUAGUAAGUUCGCUAACAGCUAUCCCAGAUAAAUUAUCUUUUAAAGUUUUGAGGUGGCACGAAAAAUUGAAUUUGGUUAUUAAUAUGUUCCAAAGCGGUAUUUGACGCCAAAAGAAGUUAUCUGAUAAUGAACCCCUAGUUUGUAACCGAAGUAGAUGUCUACCCAGCCGAGAGAAGGCGAUAAAGUUGUCAAUUGAUGGAAAAUGAUCAAUUUUUAAAACAAUUUUAUGGAGAGAGAAAAUAUCAAGAAGAAGACGACGUUGAAAAAGCGGAAAAACAUUGACUUGGGUUAAUCUGUCAUGGUAUGAAGUGAAGCUAAGAUUGCGUCUAAUAAAAACCUCUCUCUCUCGAGAAAAGAAACGUAAGGAACUUUCUAAUUUAUAAGAUGGAUCAGAGUUAAGAGGUGGGUUGAAAACCUCUGAACAUUAUUCUAAGAGUCGACGAACAUUAGUUUCUAACUCAACGCAAUUUUCAGAUGGAAGGAGAGCCGAAAACGAGUACGCAAGCUUCGGAAGAAGUCACCCUCGUGAGUUUAAAAAAGCUCAAAAUCCGAAAUUUCUCAAACUUUUUUCGAAGCUUUCUGAUUAAUUUCAGUAAAAACCAAUAAAAAUAAAACUUUUUUUGUUUCUCGAGCAAAAAAAACUCGUAUCACUACAGGGAAACCAAGAGGUGGAAGCCGUUAAGAAGGGAAUGUCGAAAAAAAUGCGCCGACGAAAACCCGUUAGACGCGCUGUCAGUUACGCCUUUGCCUGGACCAAACCGAGAACUUUUUUAAGGAUUUGCUGGAGGACAUAUGUCCUACGCAGGAGGAGACGGCCGCCAACAUUGACUGA